CCGGCCGCCGGCCCAGCUGCCUGCUGGCAUCCCUGUCUGGUGGGCGGCGGCCGCUCCGGGCUGCCCGCUACCUGGCGCACCGCGCGCACGCUGGCGACCCGCAGAACGCGGUGUCAGUGCAUAGCACCAGCCACUUUGCCCGCACAUCUCAGACCCUACGCUGGCUUCGCUGCGGUUCUCCCUCCGCACGAUGGCGCCGGCGGCAGAUCGGCGGCGCGCGUUCUUGAGGAUGGCUGACAGGCUGAGCACUACGGCGCGCGCCGCUGCAACGGUGUUCAUCUUUCGACGCGCCGGAGCAUCAACGCCCAACUCCGCUCCCUCCUGAACCAGCUGGUUUCUACAAUGACAUUGGUGCAUCCGUAGAUAUCCCACUUGAUAAAAAGGACCUAAAGAAAAAGGAGAGAGAACUUAUGGCUAAAGAGGCCGAGCUAAACAGGAGGGAACAGGAAAUAAAAAGAAGGGAAGAAGCUCUUGCAAGAGCUGGGGUCUUGAUAGAGCCAAAAAACUGGCCACCAUUCUUCCCCAUCAUUCAUGUUGACAUUUCAAAUGAUAUACCUGUGCAUUUGCAGCGGGUACAGUAUGUUUCUUUUGCAUCACUUCUAGGGCUGGUCAUAUGCCUCUUCUGGAACAUUUUAUGUGUAACUGGUGCUUGGAUUACAGGGCAUGAUCCUAGGAUCUGGUUUCUGGCAGUCAUAUACUUCAUUACUGGAUGCCCUGGUGCCUACUUUUUAUGGUACCGCCCUCUUUAUCGUGCCAUGAGGAAGGAUAGCGCAUUCAGCUAUGGAUGGUUCUUCCUAUUCUACUUUUUUCACAUUGUCUUCUGCAUAUACGCUGCUGUUUCUCCACCAUUCUUUUAUGUGGGAAGAUCAUUGGCCGGAAUUUUCCAAGCGAUCAGUGAAAUGGGCGAGAAUGCUGCUGUUGGGAUAAUGUACUUUCUGGGCUUCGCGAUAUUUGUGCUGGAGGCGCUGCUGAGCAUAUGGGUUUUCCAGAGGGUGUACUGGUUUUUCCGCGGAAAAGGCACGGAGGCGCAGAUGCGGCCUGACACCGCGUCUCGCGCGCCGGCACAGUUCUGACGCCCUCUCUCCAAGCUCUGAACCCGGAAAAUAGGUAGAAAA